AUGUUGGGAAGAUAUGCCUUCAUCGUAUCAGCCUUCUUAAGUGUUAGUACAGUUGGACUUUUGGUACUUGUCCUUAAUCGCCAUUUUGAUUACCCAAAUGCCUCGACAGAACAGCAAAAGCGAGCCUUGUAUAUUUUUUCAGACGUCCACAGUCGAAAAAAGUCGGAGAUAUGUGAAACUCCUGAAUGCAUCCAAGUUGCUGAAUACAUUAAGAAGAGUAUAGAUUCCACAGUAGACCCUUGUAGUGACUUUUUUCAAUUUUCAUGCGGGGGCUGGAUCAAGAGGAAUCCAAUCCCUAAGAGCUAUAAUGAUUAUUCUACUUUUACUAAACUUUCCAAAGUUAUUGAGACUGAAAUUCAGCAACUCCUUCAACCGUCAAAAAUGUCACAUGAUGGUGCCCCUCAGAACGAGGCUCUGGUGAAAACAAGAGACUUUUACAACUCCUGUAUGGACGAUGCCGAGAUCGAAAGACAGGGAGCCAAACCCAUGUUAGAUUUCAUCAGGGAAAUUGGCUCUUGGAGUAUCUGUAAUGACGGAAGCUGGAAUAAGUCUGCUUGGGACAUACAUAAAGUAUUAAAAUAUCUCCAAAGUACAUACUACCCCGCCUCACCUUUCUUCUCUGUCGAAGUCACAAAUGAUCACCUUAAUUCUACAAAGCAUCUAAUAAAGGUAAGAAUGCUCAGUUUAAUCAUAAAUUUAAGUGGGUCACGAUUGGCAUUUUUUCCUCCCAACUUGGUUCGAGUCAGUUUAUUUGUACCUCCGAAUUCUUGACGACCCUAAAUGGCCAAAGGCUAGUAUAACAGCGGUUCACCUCUCGCUUCCUGCAGGAGAUAGAAUGGUCUUGGAACAGAUAAGUCAUCAAUUUCGCGCAAUUUAGCUCAGUUUUCUAGGCACUGUCAACAAGUCAAACUCUGAUGAGAUAGUGGCAAAAUUCAGAAAGUUGUCUUCCAUCAUACCUAUAUUUAACAUGGUCAAACGUAUGAGACUGACUUCUUUUUCAAACGUACACUGUUGGGUGAGAUCUAAGGACAAUAACGACUCUUUAGGAAAAUAAAUUUUAAUGACCGGCAAUAUUUGUUGUAAUAUUGUUAGGUUGAUCAGUCGGGCUUGAGUCUACAAAGGGAAAUUUACUUUAAACAUCCUGAGGUAAGAAACAUUAUUUAGUUGGGAAGGAGAGAGUAGGAGUCAAUUACUACAUUUAUUGUACCAAAUGGGGGGGGGGGGGGGGUAGGGCAGUGAUAUAAGAGGGAGGGACAGACGAAAAAUUUGCGAGAGUCCCAAAGCUACUAUCUACCCCGGCGCUAUCUUUGCUUCAUUGAUAUUUUACUUUUCAUGAUUACUUAUUUAAUUAAUUUGUUAAUCAACGAAUCAUUGACUGACUGACUGACUGACUGACUAACUACAUUGCUUUCGUACCAACUUCAGUAAAUCGCUCCUUUGCUGAUUUAGACACGCACACCUUGUUCGCUUUCAUGGCUAUUUCAGGACGUUGGUUAUCCCCCAACAAUUCACGUCAGUUAUGGAGCAAUUGUCUCACGCGAUUCGGCCAUUUGUUUAUUUUGUCCCUGUAGAUGGUGGAUAUUUAUAUACAUUACAUGUCUACGGUCGCAAAGCUUCUUGGAACAAAAUGUAAUACAACGGCAAGGAUGCGCGAAAUUAUUGAUUUUGAGAAAAAACUGGCUAAGGCAAGUAUAGUUUUUAUGUUGUGACAGCUCUAUGAUUACAAGGGAACGAUAAACAGUUUUUACCAUAAACAAAUCCAUUUACAUCCUACCGGGGUACGUCGUAAUAUGUGCUUCCCUUGUAAUAAUGAUGAUGAUUUGGAGGUAGCACAUCCACAAAGUGGUUCUUCGUCUACCCGAUUCCUGAUCGAAUUGGACAUGGAAAUGUUGGUUUUUGAGGAGAGGGGAAAACCCGAGUACCCGGAGAAAAACCUCUCGCAGCAAAGGAGAGAACCAACAACAAACUCGACCCACAUAUGGCGUCGAUACCGGGAUUUGAACCCGGGCCACAUUGGUGGGAGGAGAGCGCUCUCACCACUGCGCCAUCCCUUGCUCCCCAAUAAGCUAUAGUGAGAAUCUAUCAUUUCUCCCUUAUGGUUUUAGUUCACCACCUCAGCUGAGGAUAAAGCAGAAGGAAUUUACCGAAGAAUGAAACUUGAGAAUCUCAUCAAACUUGUUCCACAGGUGAGAGAAAUCUACACCCCUAGUCUCUACUUUAUUUGUUGCCAUUAUGGCCUUUACGUCUGACUUAUUCUUGCAAAAAUUAAUGGACAAACUUACAUUCCUUACAGAAAGUGACACACGGACACCACUACUCGGCACGACCGGGUCAGCACCUUACACAUGCGCAGAGCCAUAUCACCUGGGCAGUGACAGUCAUGGAAAGCUGUUUCGCCCUUAUUAUAAUUAGGGCUCAUCAGCAAGGCAUAAGCGUCGGACCUCUGUACGGUGCUGAGGGCAAAACAAUAGACUUGCCUACAAGUCGAGCUAAAAUUUUUUCACGUGCACGAAGCGCGAGCGGUAGAUUUUUUUGUUUUCUGCGGCAACUACCGGAACCGGAAAUAAGAAGCCAAGGACGUUGAGAGAGUCUAGCAAAACAACUGCUAUGGCUGCCACUGCCAAUUUUGCCACUGCCGGGGUGAUAUGGCUGUGCGCAUGCGUUAGGUACUGGUCAGUUAAGUCGUGGGUUGGUGCCUGUAUCUCAGUUGAUCCGUCUUUCCUCAGAAAUUUAUAUUUUGGAGCUAUACUAUGGGAGCGUUCGAAAGACUUUAGAAUAGCGUAUUUCAAAAGUAGGGAAAAUGUGUUGUUCUUGUGUCUUUAUGUAAAUUUACCCUUGUGACUAAUAAAUUGUCCGCAUUGAUUUAUAGUUUCCCUGGUUAGAUCACAUGCACGCUAUAUUUAAAGAAGCAAACGUAACUGAAACAGAUGUGGUGCUGGCUACGUCGCCAUUAUAUCUGCGGAAAAUGACAAAACUUUUAAACAGUACUUCCAAAGAGUAAGUAUUGUGUUUAAUCUUCUGUCUGUUGUGCUCAACAAAAAAGGGAAGAACUCUGCGCACAUUCUGUAGUAACAGAAAGACAAAGCUUACAUGCCACCAAAUACAAUUUGUUUUCCCGCUGUUGCAAGCAAACUUAACUGUGGACUGAAUCUUAGACAUGUGAACUGGAGUUUUCCAAAAGAUAUCCUCGCCUAGUCCCUGUACGGCGUCUUCUCAGGCCUUCUAGUUCAGUUCAUUUUCAGACCGCGUGACCCGAAACGCAUAGGCCGCGCGGAAUAAUGAGGCCUAGGAACUAGACAAAUCCUCACUGAGGUAAGAGAAGGAUUCGAUUGGCUUGUAAAGGUGAUGUUACAACGGACGAUUCGCAAUAACGAUUUUAGCGUAACUCAGCGUUUUGAUGUUACAACGCUCUGUUGUACUAAAAAUCGUCGUUGCGGAUCGUCUCUUGUAACGUCCGCCCUAAAGGUCGACGGUUGAUUGUAGUGUUCACUGACACACCUGUUGCUGAGAUGAACAUUGGGAGAGAUUUUCCUACAAUGUGGAAAACUAAAAUUGAAAUUAAUAUUCCUGAGAGGUAACUUCUUAAGCGCGCUACCCUCUGUUUUCACGGCCUUGAACGUAAACUUUGAGAGUGUCUGUCGAGAAAGUCAACGGCAAGAUUUACUUUCUCAUUCCUUUGAAGAAUCCUGUAGUGAACGUUUAGUAAUAAGAGCGAUAAUUGUAUUUCUAGGUUACUAUCCAACUACGUCGUGUGGCAAAUGAUUCGAGAUAAAAUUAGCUUAUUAUCCAGUCCAUUCCGUAAAGCCCGAGCAAAGUUCAAUGAGCGAAUCUCUGGAGUCAAGGACACAGAUCCAAGAUGGCGGACUUGCACUGGCAUCACUAAUGAUAAUAUGGGCGUUCCCAUUGGCUCACUUUACGUCAGCAAAUUCUUUGAUCAAUCGGCAAUUGAAAAGGUAUAACCAUUAGAACCCUGGUGACGAGUUUGGUAUCGCUGUCUAUCUGACGAGCUCUGAUCUGGCACAUAGAAUGAGACAAGCCAUUUCUUAGUAUUAAUCUGCAAUUUUGUGGCCAUUUGUGUUAGUAAUUUCGCCACCUUCCCUCGUUCCUCAUGCUUUCUUUUCUUUGAUUUUUAUUGAAGGGGAAGGGGAGUUGGUAGCUCGCUAUGCGAAGUAUAAGUGUGCCUUAGAUUCCUGUUGGAUUGAUGUCGAGAGUAUCGGGUGUGGUCAUAUGCACGUUGAGACUGUUAAACAGCGAUCCAAGACAACACUUUCCUUUUGUUUUAAUUUUUAGCAUAAAAAAAGCCUUCGCUACUGCUUAUUAAACUCAAGGAAAACAUUGUGGCUACACUGCUAUGGUCAAGGACGUCAUCCAGGAAAGGGGGGGGGGAUGGUUUGGCGGGGACCCUAACUGGGUUAGGGUCUGGCCUAGCGGAUUUUUUUUUUUCGUUCUUUCUGUGCUAAGCUGUAGUCUAACUAUCAAGAGUUCCAGGUCCUAAUGAUCGAAAGUUAUCAUAUUCUGCCAUAUUCUUUGUUAGCUAGAGCCAUGGUAACUAUAUAUAUUUCUUUGCCUUCCAGACUCAGACAAUGAUUGAUGAAAUAAAGAAGACGUUCAAGAAAAGAGUAAAGGAGCAUGAAUGGAUCGAUGAAAAAACGACAAAAUCUGUGUUUCAAAAGGCAAAUAUGUUAUUCCAUGCAUUGCAAAUCAAAUCCUCCUUCCCUUUCACUGUAGACGAGUACAGUAGCUAUGGAUUUAGAGAGAGUAAUAUAGUGGCAGUGUGAGGCUAUUCCAUUGCUCCAUUGCAAAUGACAUUGAUGCUGGCAAUUGAUAUUAGCUCGAUUGUGAUUGCCUUGAACUAGGCAAAUUGUGUGUUCAAUAUAGUGUAGUGGUGUGAAAUAUUUUUGUGCACAUUUUUUAGAACAUGGCUAAAAUAUUUGUAAAUUGAAACAUUGCUGUGCAUGGCUUUAUUUCAAUCUAUUAGGCGGACGCCCUAGGAAGCAAGAUUGGUUACGCAAAAUAUGUGGUGCAAUCAAAGGAACUUGUCUCACGCUUUAAAAAUGUAAGUCGUUCGAUUCUUAUAAAUUACAUAGAGCGGUUUCUAAUUGACGGACCUAGAAUCAAAGCCAACGCAAUUAUAAAACUCCUUUCGACAUCCAGUACUAUCCAAUUCAAGAGUGUCAGCAGUUUAUAACCAUCAUGAUAUUGUUGUUAUCGUAGCUCACGAUUACAUCCAAAGCGUUUUUCAAAAAUAACGUGGAAGUAGACAAGUGGGUGAGACGUCGACUAUUUAACAAACUGCGAAAGCCCGUCGACAAGGAGAAGUAAGUUUUUACAUUCACUGUUACUGCGAUCUAUUUUCGAGUUGCAAACGAUUCACCUGAGAUAUCAUAAUACCAAGGACAGUGGAUUAGAAAAAUCUGUCUUUUAAAUCUAUAUUAAAAAUUGACAGACUUUAUCUUGUUUACACCUAUUAGACAUCAAAUUAUAAAAGAAAUUGAUGUAACCAGCCAAUGGUUUUACUUAAAAUGUUUAUAAUAAAGAAUGUUUCACUGCUGAAUCCGUAAAUGGGGGUGGAUUUUCACCGGUUCAGUGCAUAGCACCGUUUUCAAAAUUCAUAGAUUUCAAUUAAUCAAUCAAAUUCAUAAUACUGUAUAUUUUAAAUUGUUGUGUAUUUACUGUAUUUACAGGUGGCCCAUGUUUCCUCAAACAAUAAACGCGAUGUAUCAAUUCUAUGAAAAUGAGAUUGGUAAGCAACAGAGCCUCGGAGACGAGUCAUCUCAAUACAGCUGGCAGACAGUCGGACAUGCAGUUUUAAACACCCAGCUGAACACUUAACCCUAAACCCUUCCGUCAUUAACAUAUGAAUCCCUUCCGCCAGCGCUUUUCCCAGUCAGUGCACGGGAAUGUUUUCAAGAAACGCGAUAACAUGCUCUGAUAAAUACAAUGCAAUAUCACCGCUCUCGAUUAUGGCCAUCAAGCGACAUUAACUUGGUGACCAGUUUAAACAGACGAAUUGUGAGAUGCUGUCCUAGCUGGCCGUUUUUGUUUUUACUUGUUUUUUAACGUUCCCACUGUUUCGUUCAAAACUGGAAACAGUUAAAUUCCCAUACCAAUGCUGAUUUCCUUUUGCUUUUCCCCUUGAUAGUUAUCCCAGCUGGUAUUCUACAGUCCCCAUUUUUCUACUCUGCUGAAAUUCCACGGUAAGUCUAACAAUUUAUACUCCACUUUUCUUAAUUCCCAUUGUGCCUUUCACAAUAUUUUCGAUACGCACUGCAUGAACAGUCUUUCGAAAAAAAAAAAACUCGUACGCAGAAGUCGACUCACUGAUUAUUCAAGGCAAUAAAAACCUGGAUGGAAAAAGACAGUGAGGUUCACGUGAGAUGGCGGGGAGGACGAAGGAAAAGUUGGGUCGUUCCUGUUUUUCUAUAGUGUGCAUCAUUGGCAACUGGUUUAUUGUUUAUUCCAUUUCAGGUCGCUAAGUUACGGAGCCUUAGGGUCCAUUAUCGGACAUGAGAUAACUCAUGGGUUUGACAACACUGGUUAGUAAAUAAAGGCUGAACAACAAAUUCUCAGUUACAAAGAACGAAACUGGAAAAAUUUUAAAAUGCGGACAAAACUGUCUUAAAAACAAACAGCAACUUGAAGGUCAAACGAAGACGGGAGACUUUUAAUCCCAUUUUGACACUCACGUAACGGGAAAACAAAAUGUGACCCAGUUUGCCUUAACAGAAAGCUUUAUCUUGUUUUUCUUUUUCCUAACUGUUAUUAGCUUAUGAACGUAUUCUUUAACUUUUGGCUGUUUUUUCAUCAAACGAGGUCGAAAAUUUGACAAAAAUGGAGACAUUGUGAAAGAAUGGUGGUCCAAUUCGUCCGUCAAGGAAUUUAACAAGAAAGCAAAGUGCAUUGAAAAGCAAUACUCCAAAUACAAAGUGCAAGGAAAGUAUCCGGUAAGCGGCUUCAUUUCGUAGACCCCUUCCCCCCCCUCCCCCCUAGGCUUACCGUUUUAUCCUCCUUAACUCUCGUGGUAACUUAAUUAUGGGGGAUCGAAAUGUUCUUCUAACUACUAUACUGUCGAGUCUCUAAACCGACGAAAUUCUGUGGUUUAACCAUUUAAAUUAAACAGUGUUCUAGCGUGAAAUUAUUCUUUCUUUUUCCCCUUUUUUUUAAGGGGGGUGGGGAGGGGGACGCGGAGGUGGGAGUGGUGGAAAUUGGUGAGGUUUCCUCGAAUUCAGAGUUAGACGCUCUUAAGAUUUAAAAAAUAAAUGAUACGGCCUCCUAUAUAUCUCUUUCAUUUUUGCUGCAGAUCAGUGGAAAGGUGACCCUUGGAGAAAAUAUCGCUGAUAAUGGAGGCACAAAGCUGUCGUAUUUUGUAAGUAACGUUACUAUUACAAUAACCUUAAUAUCAACUGUAAAUACGAAUACUUUAGUCACUCGGAUAGACCAGUUGACUAGUAUAGUAUACUUUACCGUAGGGUGAAGAAUCAUAGUCUGAGAAAACAGCCCACAUUUAAAAACGCCACCAUUGGUUUCCCCGUGUAAUGACGUCGGAGAAGCGAGAGCAGAAAUUCCAGACUGAUGUACGUGUCACUACCCAGCUCUGGGUAGUGCUUCUGUGUUGUAGUGGCAUCGGCCGUUUUCUCAUGUUGAGUAAUUCAUCGCACCAGCGAAUCCGUCAGCUGCAACGAAAUCGUGGAAUCUAGCUCCUACUUUGGAUUAUCUCGAUUAUCUUUCAAGAUAAAACCUUUUGCGUUGUUAACAAAAUCGCUUUCGCCCGCACCUCCACACGCGACGCCAUUAUUCUCUCACAUUAUCCUUUCUUGACAACAGUGAACAAAACUUUGCAGACCUCUCGGGGAACCCGCUUCCGAUGAAAUUCAAGCGCCUAAUUGAUCUAAAAAUAACUUUGGUGCAAUUCACGCAUCCCAAAAGCUCAGUAGACUGGACGUUUCCGUUUCUGUCCUUUUGUGGCUCUUGAUCACACAGAUCGUUGUUGUUACGACUUUUAUGCGUUUUCUAGACUAGUCCAGGGGCUGUGUAAACUCAGUAAAAAUAAUGCAACAGGGAUGGGUUUAUCAUUUUCAUAUAUGUUGAACAACUCAUUCUCUACCGCUGCUGCUUCUUUGAUAGCCCGGCUGUUCCAGCUGUUCAGAUGGUGUGAACGGAGCAAUGAGAUCUGAGCAGAAAAAAAAAACAGGCUACUUCUUUGAAGAAGUGCACAUCUCUCCGUCUUGACAUCACCAUCAUUAGAGGUUUGGAAACAGCUCAGACCUUGCUUGAAAAAGCUCCCUCUGCCGGCGGCUUAUACAGAAACUCAUGAGCUCGACCUGUGGCAAGUCUGAGAGCUUGCCUCUAUGACUCAAGCGGUCAAAAGAAUUCGUGAAUUUGGGUAAAGCAAUUUUGUUGCAAGUUCCAAAUGAAACUUUUUCAAUUACAUUAUUCUUCUAGUAAAACAAAGCCCGCAACGGCUAAGAAUGACUCUGUUGACAAAUUUUUGAACGGACAAAAACGUGAACGCCUUUCGUUUACACGCGACCUGCGGAACCGUGCAAGUUUUCAUCAACGGUAAACAGUACUGCAGUCUGUAACAGACUUUGCAUUGUUCCGCGUAAACGGGUUGCUUAUGUAAAAGUUUCGUCCGCCAGACCCGUGUAAAUGGGGUCUAAGUUCAUUUGUUUUUGUCUCACUUCCUCAAAGGCUUAUCACGACUGGCUGCAUAAGACUGGUAACAAGGAAUUGCUCCUUCCUGGUUUGGAAUACAGCAACGAACAAUUGUUCUUCAUUGGAUAUGCACAGGUCAGGACUAAAAACAACAUAACAUACGUAGUAUAUUUCACGAAAUAGACAACCCGAUUUUAAAAUAGUGCCUAUAACUUAAUAUUAUGGUCGUCCAUCCACACUAAACUGGCAGAUAGUGUGAGCACGCGUUACGAAAGACGCUCAGAAACGUGAAACUGGUAGAUAGUGUAAACACGCGUUACGAAACCGGCGAGGCCAGCCUCCGAAACACUUCCAAACUGAUGAAAUCGGACAGUUCAUAUGGAUUUCGACGCAUGAAAACACAGAAUUAUUGCUUCGGUAUUUUGAGAAGGAAGAGCCGAAAAAGGUUUUAAAAAAGCCAGCCGUUUUAUACGGAAUGUUAUGAAGGCAGUAUUGGAAAACAGGCCUCGAGUGGCUGACUUUAGGUGAUCUUUUGUGCUGCUUAUGUACCUAGUAACUAAAAACGGAUUCUUUGUAAUCAUUUUUGCAGGAGUACUGCAGUCAUGCAAGACCAAAAACGGAAUACAUUGCUACAUUGAGUGAGAUUCAUGCUCCCCCCAAAUUCAGGCAAGUCUUGGAAAAAUUAAGUGAUAUUUAUUCGUGGAUGAGGUAAAAUUGCUCAGUGCCUCUUCAAAUUAAAGGGUUUUCCCCUGUAUUGAGAAACAAACAUUGAACACUUCAUGGCAGUUCAUAAUUGCUUUUGAGAUUAUUUAGGCCGUUUAUCACAGUAAAAAUAUUAUUUGGGACUAAUCUAUUGGCACAGAGUUUGCUGAAAAAAUGAUCACACGCACUAGUUACGACAGAAUGAGGUGGAGCGCUGAAGCGGAGCGGUAACAACAUUGCAGAACUGACUGAAAACAGACAAAACAUUAACAGCUCAGUUUCAAUUUGAUAGUAAGGUAUUUAACAAGCCAGAGGGCCGAACCUUUCUUGCAUGUGUUAUAAUACUGUGUUAUAAUAUCAGUUGGAAAUGAGAAUCAAUUUACUUUUCUGUUUCAGGGUUAUUGGGACGCUUUCUAAUUUUAAAGAGUUUUCCGUGGCAUUUAACUGCCCUGUAAAUAGCACCAUGAAUCCACGGACGAAGUGUGAGGUUUGGUGAUCGACGAAAUGGCGCUUGUGACCCUAACCUGCGUCAAUGGCCAUGCCAGUGACUUAUACGUCAUAGUUCCUCACUUGUUGUUCUCUUUCUACAUUCGCGAACCGGAAAAGAAGCCCAUGAGGUCAAAGGAACCAUUGCAAGCGAGUCUUGUUUGCGCUUGUUAUAAUCGACGCAUGCGUCAUAUAUUGCCUGAUAUAGCCGCAGGGCGGUUUAAUAACCUUCAAUGUUGCAAAAUGUCAGAAGUC